UGCAGAGGACGAUAUACUCUUACUUUCUCAAUCGUGUGAGUCAUAUUUGUAACAAUGCCAUUUGUAUCAUUUACUUAAGGACAUUCCUCAGUAACAAGUGAUACAGUGCAGUUUUGCACAAGGUCAACACCAUUAAAUUGACCCUGGACAGUUCAAGACCAGCAGCUGCUCUUAAAGGAGAAGAACAUUCUGGUUACUACAGGAAAAUGACUUGGAUACAGUUCUUGAGCUUUCUAUUCUUUACUGAACUGUGUGGUUUGACCAGUUCCACUUCUAAGUGUGACUUUCAUUCAGAUGUCUUGUUCUGUAGUGGGAAAUUCAUAACUGAAAUUCCAACAGUUAUACCAUCAAAUGCAACUCGUUUAACAUUUUUGAACACCAACAUUUCUAUAGUAAGAGCUGGAGACCUUCAAAAUUAUUCAGCUUCACUAACAAUGCUUGCGUUUAAUGAUAAUCCUAUACAUAAAAUAGAAAUUGGAGCUCUGGAUGGACUCACUAACCUGACACACUUUGAGAUAACAGGUAGUCCAUUGAAAAGAUUGAGCAAUGGAAUUUUUGACAGCCUUCUGCAAAUGGAAAAUCUCUACCUGUCUGAAAACAAGAUCAAUAUUCUGGAUAAUGGAUUAUUUGAUAAGCUUGCCAAUUUGGUUGAGCUGCGGUUGUUUGAUAAUGAAAUAGAAGUUCUUCCUGACCAGAUAUUUGACAAACUUACACAGCUUAAAACACUGCAGUUGGCGAAAAAUCAGAUAAGCAAUCUUCCUUGGGGAAUAUUUGAUAAGCUUUCCAAACUCAAAUCCCUCAAACUUUACCAAAAUCAGAUUACUGAUCUUCAGGAAGGUAUUUUUGAUAACCUUCCUGAAUUAUUGGAACUUUCUUUGGGAAAUAAUAAUGUGACGCAUCUCCCACCUGGAAUCUUUUCCAAACUGCCUAAGUUACAGAAACUAUAUUUGAACAAUAACCAAAUCACAGAACUGCCGCCUGGUCUUUUACGUAAUUUGACUAAAAUAUCUAAAUUGAAACUUGAAUCUAACAUGCUCUCAAAUCUUCCUUCUGAUUUAUUUGGAUUAACACCAAAUCUUAUUGGACUUUCACUGACUAAAAAUGAACUAAUCACUAUUCCUGAUGAUAUGUUCAGUAAACUGCCUAAUUUGAAAUCCCUGAUAUUGAGUGAGAACCAGAUUACUCAUCUUCCAAAGAAAGCUUUCAAUGGCCUUGAGAAAUUAACUCAACUUGAUCUGAAAAAAAAUCAGCUGGUUAUCUUAGACAAAGACGUUUUUAAAAACUUACCCAAUUUGAGAAAGCUUGAGCUUAAUUUAAAUCAAUUAUCUAGCAUACCUCAUGGAAUAUUUGAUAAUUUGGGAAAUCUGGCUUCAUCUGGACUCAAUCUGCUGGGUAAUUCUUUGGUAUGUGACUGUCACUUAUUGUACUUUAGAAAUUGGUUGAAGUCUCAUGAAAAGAAAGUAAAAUCAUAUACUGCGAUGCAAUGUUUUAUACCUGGUAGUAGUCUUGCAAGUAAUAUUCACUCUUUAAGGGAUGAAGAACUGGUCUGCUUAACUACAACAGAGAAAAGCACAACUACAGAAAUUUCAACUUCUACCACAGCCAUGUUGACACCUACUGAUAUUAGUACAAUUACUACGGAACUAAUGACAGAACAGCUCAGCACCAGAGAAAUUUCAACUUCUAGUGUGACCACUUGGGUAUCUACCCCCAUUUCCACAAUAACAACAGGAUUCACAACAGAGCAAAGCAGUACUUUAGUGGCAUCAACUGCAUCCAUGAUGACAUCAGCAGCCUCCACUAGAAUGACAACUGAAUUAUUAACAGAACUAUUAACAACCACAGAGGUUCCAGUCACAACAGUGACUCCAUUAUUAUCAACGUCUUCUGCAACUACAUCAGAACAGACAACAACUCCAGAAAUUUCAACUUCUUCUGUUACUACUUGUAUAUCUACUCCGAUUUCCACAACAACAACAGUGAUCACAACAGAACAGAGCAGCACUUUGGUGACAUCAACUUCAUUCAUGACGACAUCAACGGCUCUUAAUAUCAUCACAACUGAAUCAACAACACAACUAUUAACUACUGCAGAGAUUCCGACUCCAACUGUGACUCCAUUUCUAUUGACCCCCUUUACUACAACAACAGCAACAACAAAACAGACCACGACUCCAGAAAUUUCAACUUCUGUUGAGACUACAUUAUUUUCUACUCCCAGUACUGCAAUAACAACGGAACAGAGCACUACUCCAGGAGUUAUAACUUCUGCUACAGCAAGUGUGAGUACAGCCACAACAAAGAUUUUGACAACUACCAGCAUACCAUCCAAGCAAUCACCAUCUUUUCUGGUUCUUAUUCCUUGGUCAUCCACAGUACCCUGGAGCACAUCACUGGAGACUGAGAUUACACAGGAAGCGGGUUCACUUACCAAUUCUAUUAUGGAUACAACUUACCAGUCUCCAUUAGUUCAACAGGUAGAAACAUCUACCAUUUCAACCGCAACAACUCUUACUACAUACACUCCAGGACGUCCAACUGGCAAUGAGUCAAUGCAGCCAAGAAGUACAUCAAAUUCACUUUUCAGUUUGAUUCCCACCCAGGCAUUUGGUGGGAAAAAUGCAAUCCCACUGCCUUUUGCAAGAGAAACAAUGGUUUCCAAUGAAAAAGGAACAUGCAGGUUAAUAGCAUCAUUAUAUCUAACACUACUACUGUUUCAAAUAAUCUUCACAUCCAUUCUUCUGUGGUUUGUAUAUAACAUUCACAAUUCACUUUUCCAUGGAAUGACAAAUAGGAUUUCAAUUAGAUUAAUUAAGUUUCAAGAAAACAAUAAAUAAUUUAACAACAAAAUGUUUGUUGUUUAGUCUUCAAAAUUCUUUCUAAUGUAAUUGUGUUACAUAUGCAUGGCAUGCAAAACCAGUUUGACAAUUGCUUUAUUGAAAUAGUAGCACGCUAUUGCAUCAUUUUGAUCUAAAUAAAAUGUACAAAAGAGG